GUCGCGUUCGCUCGUUGCUGUGACGUGCACGAUCUCUCGAUGUAUCGGUCGGUGUCUUCCCCGCAGGCCAUGUCUUCAAAUCACCCCAAUUGUGCGUCCAGCAGUCUCAAUUCUCAGAAGUGGUGACAGAAUUCAAUAACGAUCAUGGCCCAUACAACUCAUCCCUCCGACUUACCAGUGCCCGAAGACGAUGGCGCUUGCUCGCACUUGUCCGGGUUGAAAAUGCCGUCGGUAUCACUAUCUGCAACCUCGGGCGCUCAUGUCGAUGUAUCGUCGUUCACCGGGCUUACAAUUGUCUUCUGCUAUCCUCGUACCGGCGCACCAGGCGAGACGAUCACCGACGAUUGGAACGCCAUACCAGGAGCCCGUGGCUGCACACCACAGGCCUGCAGUUUCCGCGACGAGAUGGCAGAGCUGCGCAAGCUUGGGGUGAACAACGUAUUUGGACUAUCGUCCCAAGAUACCCCUUACCAAGCCGAGGCUAAGGAGCGGCUACACCUUCCGUAUGAACUGCUGUCGGAUGAGAAACUCGAGUUUGCGAAAGCGCUAAAACUGCCGACAUUCGAGUGGAAAGGCAAAGUCUUAAUCAAAAGACUUGCGCUCGCAGUCAAGGACGGGAUCGUCGUGAAAGUGUGGUACCCGGUCUUUCCUCCCGACUCUAACGCGAGAGAGGUGGUCAAGUGGCUGAUCUCGGUGACAUAGCGCGCAAUUACACUGCUACUAUAUAUGCUCAUGAAACAGUUUGGAGGUAACAUGUACUAACUUUGGACCACCUUGACUCGCCCUACAUCCUUGCAUACAACUACAAUCACACAGUACCCGGCGAACAUCAGAAUGCUCCUUUGGCUCGUAGAUCUGGGUAAUCAGUCGCGUGGUUGAAGGAGAAAAUGAACAUGGCGAACGGAACUAUCGUGUUGACUACAUUCUGUCAUCUCCUUUAGCUUGCAUUUAGAAGAGCGUAGCUUCUAGUUCAGCCUCGGAUUAGUAUUGCUCCUAACAGAAGGUUUGGCCCAGUGCGA